GAGAGAGGGGAGAACUUGCAGAGGAGGGAGCAUCAUCAUGAUGAAGUCGCAGCUCAGCUGCUCUGUCCUGUGCUUGGAUGUAAAUCCUCCUCCGUCAGUGAAGGUGUAGUUGUUGUUGUUGUUGUUGAUGAUGAUGAUGAUGAUGAUGGUGAUGAUGAUGAUGAUGAUGAGAGGGGUCUCAGCUGAUUGAUCGGUGGAGGACUCGGUCAUCAGUUGCCAGCAUGGACGGACUGCAGGCGGAAAACAGCGGAGACACCGCGGAGGAAAAGUAUCGCGCUCUCGCCUGUGACACGGCUCUCAGCACUCUGCUGGCCGUGGUCGUGUACGUGCUGGUCAAAGUGAGUCUGGACGGCAUCAGACAGUGGCGGGCCAGGAUCUCGGUGCUCAUCGUGGGCUCGGGUCCCGUGGGUCUGACGGCGGCGCUGGUAGCUGUCCGCUCCGGGAAGGUGCUGAAACUGACCGUGCUGGAUGAGCGGUACCGGAGCGCGCUGCUCUGCCGGCCCCAGCAGAUCGCUCUGGAUCCACGCAGCGUGAAGUUCCUGCUGGGACUCGGCGUGGACUUUGACAACAUGGAGGGCUGCUGGCACAACGACCACUUCUUCACCAGGAUCGGCGUGUUUCAGGAAUAUCUGCUGAGCAUCCUGGAGCAGAAGCGACAGCAGGUGGACGUGAAGGUGCAGCUGGGAACAAAGUUCACUGAAGAAUACCUGCGUCGCAUCCCCCGCAAGGAAUGGCCAAGUGUGAUCGUGGUGGCUGAUGGGUCGUGUGGUGACUCCUGCUCAGUGCUGGGCAUCAGCUCUGACUACACGGUGGAGUCCUGCCACGCCUAUGGAGCUAACGCAACUAUAGAGAGACUAGACCAGAGACAGGUUCCCACUCCUGAGAUCCGAGCCCACAGCCUCUACUUUGACCUGUCCGCCUACGGUGUGGAGGCUUUCCGAGAGCAUCGAAACCCGACGUCCAAACCCGGCUUUCACUUGAAGAUCUACGGCACCUUCAGAAACCGCUACAUGGCCCUCGUCUGCCCGACCUCCGACACCAAGAUGGUUCGCUUCCUCAGGCACACAGCAAACUCCUCUAUCAUGAAGAACAUUUUCCACCAGUCCUUUAACGCCUAUAAGACGGACAUCGAGCCUCGCCUCAGCGACGUCACGUGCCACCACAUGCAGUGCAGCCGCCGGCUCUUUGAGAUUCAGCUGUCGCACAGACGCAUCAGCGCUGCUUACAUCGAAGGGGACAACGUGGCGGUGACUGUGGAGGGAGAAGCAGCACGUGUCCUCAACUUUGACACAGGUUUUGGGGUGAAUCUAGGUAUGCGUGGUCUGGAGUCAAUGGGAUCUUUCAUUUACAGAACAGCCACUGCUGUGGACCAGAACGAUAUUUUAGAGGCACUGUCGGCUAAGAUGCAGCACUCCAGACAUGUGGCUGAGGCCUUCAGGCAGACCGGCCUGGCUGAAUCUAUGUAUGAAUGAAAUAGAAGACCGUCCUGCUGAGUGCAUGUGUUGGUGGAUAAGCUGUGUUUACAAUGAAUCAUGAGUGUGCUGCUGAAAUGGACCACUAACGGUUAUGAGCUGUAGGAGUAUAUGUUGUAAACAGAUGAAUAAUGGACAUGAACAUGUGUCCAUAUGUCUCUGUGAGAUUCAGCAAGAGCUACUCGAGAACCGCUCGUUUACUUCAAGACAAGACCAAGAUUAUAGGCAUCAAGACGGAGUCAAGACCUAGACCAGUGCACCAUGAGUCUAUAUCAAAAUCUUUGUCUCCCUUGUGUAAAAUUCAGCAGUAUUAUUUGCCCUUAAACGCUGGGGUUUGCUCUAAAAUUGUGUAUGGAGGGGAGGAGCUCUGUGCGUCUCUGUUUAUCAGUGUUUGUACAGAAUGUUAAUGUAAACUAUUGCUCAACAAACA